GUUGAUGAUGUUUUUGAGUUCCACUGACACACCACACUACAUCCCAUCUCCGAGAGGAACAUCAUUAGGCCCAGGUUGCAGCCAAGAUGAGAGAAUUCAAGAGCAAGGCUUUCUGGAGGGCCAUACUGGCCGAGCUCGUGGGGAUGACCAUGUUCAUAUUCCUCAGCAUCUCGGCUGCCAUUGGGAACUCAAACAACACUUCUCCUGACCAGGAGGUGAAGGUUUCUCUGACUUUUGGUCUGGCCAUCGCCACGCUGGCCCAGAGUUUGGGCCACAUCAGUGGAGCCCACCUGAACCCAGCAGUGACACUGGGCAUGCUCGCCAGCUGCCAGAUCAGUGUGUUCAAGGGGGUGAUGUACAUCGUGGCUCAGAUGCUAGGCUCUGCACUGGCCAGUGGUAUUGUCUAUGGAACCCGGCCAGAGGGAAAUGCUGCACUGGGGGUCAACGCUCUAAAUGGUGUCUCUGCCAGCCAAGGCGUUGGCAUCGAGCUCCUGGCUACCUUCCAGCUGGUCCUGUGUGUCAUAGCUGUCACUGAUAAAAGGCGGCACGACGUCACCGGCUCUGCCCCCCUGGCCAUUGGGCUCUCUGUCGCUCUGGGACACUUGGCAGCCAUCAGCUACACUGGCUGCGGUAUCAACCCUGCCCGAUCCUUUGGACCUGCUUUGAUCAUGAAUGAUUACACAAACCACUGGGUGUACUGGGUGGGGCCAAUGUGCGGAGGUGUGGCAGCUGCUCUGGUCUAUGACUUCCUGCUGUACCCCAAGUUUGAUGACUUCCCUGAACGCAUGAGGGUCCUGGUCAGUGGCCCUGUGGGAGACUAUGAUGUCAAUGGAGAAGAGACCGCAGCAGUAGAAAUGUCAUCAAAGUAGUAUUGUGAGAGAAACACCAUAGAGUGUAUAGUACCUUGGAUAUCUAACUAUACUCCUGUAAAGAAAACAUUUACAUUUCCUUUAGAAUGGGAGCAGUUCAUUUGUUAUUUCAAAAUACUGAUCAUGAAUUUGAAAGAAUUCAUUACUGAACUACCGAUUAGUAUCCAAAAUUAACUUAAGUAUCCUAUUACUAACAUUUAUUAAACAUAUUUCUUUAUACAAGAGUUGUUGGAACAUCUUGCUUUUUGUUAAAAUAUUUCCCCUAUCAGUAUUCUAUAUACUGUACAGAGUCAUUUGUUUUUGUAUAUUUUCUAUAUUACUGUUUUAUGUAUAAACAUUUUAUUUCUUGAUGUAUAAAGUUUAUAUUUCUGUUUGCAAUCUUGAAUUGUCUUUCACUUUUGUAAGUAAAUAAAACACCAGAUGUACCCCU